UGGUCCGUAUUCACCUCGUAUGAAAAAACAACAUAUUAUCAAAGUAGAAAUCUUUUAACGAAAUAUGUUGUACACUUGACUAGAUUGAAAGUCUUUGAUCUUAUUAACAGGAUUAGUAACAGAAAACCUUCAUUUUCCAUUUAGAAAUCUCGAUGAUUCGCUGAAAACCUUUUAUUUCUUUUAUUCGUUUUUUUUCUAUAUUCUGACUACCAAAUUGGAAAAGAAUUGCUUCAUAUUACGAACAAAUGGCAAAAAUACACGUUCUUCGAACACAUGACAAACAAUAAUACAUGUUUGUCGAAUCACGCAUGUUAAUGAUUUGUCGAAAAGAAGAGAUUUCGAUACCCGUGACGCUAUCCACACGUUCAAACUAGCUCAAUUAAGUCAAUGCGAGAGGUUUGUUUUAUUUUAAGUGAUUAGAUUAUCUAAGAACGAUAACACUGAGCAUCCCAAGCCCACCACUGGUCAGUAAGAACAUACCGUUGGACAGAAGGACCUGACACUACCUUAUACAAACAUAUCAUGCCGCAUGGCACCACAACAUGACAACGUUUUGACUCCUUUAAAAUCAUUGGCGGAUUCCUGUCUCUUUGUUGAAACGUGAGGAAACUGGAAGCUAAUUCUCUUGUUCUCUCCUCAUUCUCUCUCGCAUUGGUAAGACAGGGAGCCCAGUGCGUCAAUGCUGCUAAGGAUUGUAACCUUACGUGUUAAGUACUAUGCGCAUGGUAAUAAAUAUUGACUUGCUCAUUGGUCAAUAUUGCAAGGAAGUUUUGUUCACAAAAUGGUUUACUUUUAUCUAGCUUUAUUGAACAUUAUAAAUGGGUUUUAAAAAACCUUCCCUCCCUGUAUAUAUAGUGGCCACAAUUGUAGCUUCAAAGCCAUUGGUUGGGCUCCCUGUGAAGCAGUGUUAUGGCCGACGACAAGAGCAUUUAACAAUCAUCACGAACUAAAAUCUCCUACCUUACGUAAAUCCAUGCGACGAUUCAGUUCCUUGAUGUCAGUCGAUUUCACAAUCAAGCGUUCGAUUGGUGGUACGUAAAUCCAUGCGACGAUUCAGUUCCUUGAUGUCAGUCGAUUUCACAAUCAAGCGUUCGAUUGGUGAACUUUGCUCUUUAAAGUUCUUGAAUUUCUACACGAUGAAAAUAGAAGGUUGUGUAGCCUUGGUUACCGGUGCAGCGUCGGGUAUCGGGAAAGCUGUUUGUGAAAGACUACUUGAGGCAGGCUGCAAGGUUGUUUUGGUCGAUAUCAAUGAGAAUAAAAGUGAAGAGUUAAUCAAGAAGUUUAAUGGUGAAUAUGGAAAAGAUCAGACAAUGUUUUUACCCUGUGACGUUUCAAAUCAAGAUCAGUUAGAAGGGAUAUUUACCACAACGAUUUCUAAGUAUGGUCGUCUUGACAUAGUGUGUAACAAUGCUGGAAUAAUUGACGAAAAAAACUGGAUGAGAACACUCGACAUUAAUUUGAAAGCCGUCAUUCAUGGUACAUUGUUGGCAAUGGAGCAUAUGUUAUCAGGUGUUAUCAUAAAUACGUCAUCGACAGGAGGUCUCCAUCCAGCGUCGUUCUGUCCUGUUUACUGUGGUUCAAAGUUCGGUGUGGUUGGUUUUACACGUAGUAUCGCCCCCGUUGCUUUUCGCAAGAAAGGAAUUCGAGUAAACUGUAUUUGUCCAGGAGGUACAGACACAGCUAUCUACGAAUCAUUUGAACAAUUAGAACUAACUCAAGAACAGAAAGAUCUCAAAGAAAAAGUAGGAAAACAAACACCUGUUUUUGUCGCAAAGUGUUUCAUGGAUUUAAUCAAAGAUGAUAACGAUAAUGGCCAGGUCCUUAAAGUGACUUACGAGAAUGGGGCCGAAUAUAUCGACUAUCACGAUACUGUAAUCUAACGAGGGUUCCCUGUGGUAGGAAAAACUGGAAUAGAAAGCCACACUUUUAUCCAAAUAGACUUAAUUUAUUAUCAAUCAGUUUCCAUUGUAUAAACUGAUACCAGACAGUGUAAGCCUUCGUCUAAGACCAU